AUGGAACGCAUGCUCAACAUAAUAUCCAGCGGCAUUUGGCAAGUUGCAAGCCAUGUCGUGACCAUCUUACCCGUGGGGACGCUCUUUGGUGCUGCAGUGGCCUUGGGGCUGCCCCGGCACCCUCACGUUGAUGUUGUAAUCUUCUUGUUGCUGGCUGUGUCUGGGCCGACCUCCAUCCUAGUCCAUGCAUCAACUUUCAAACAAGCCCGACUCGGUCCAGUUGCUACAAUUAUUGCUCUCGGUUACAUUUUUUCUCGGACCCGUUGUUUCACUGAAUACCCAAAGUCGGUGGACGAACUUGUGACCGGACUCCGAGACUAUGCUUUGAUGAUGGCUGUAGUCAUAUCCGUGGUAGCCAUGAUGAUGCCGGGUACAGUUAGAACCAGACAGCUGUCUGGUGGUAUUGCUGAGGAAGAAGACCAUCUUCCACCUCUUAGUGCUGAGUCGCGAAGUGCCUUGCGCAAACCAAUGGCAAAGCGAUCCUGGGACCUGUCCUCUACCACAAGUCAUCUGGAUCUUCUCUCCCAUAUAGGCUCAUUGGAUUUCAAGUUCAUGCCUGGACCCAACUCUCAUUACUCGGACCAUUCAUCCAGUAAAGACUCAGUAAUCACGCUCUCUUCUGGUUCCGAGCGUGACCUGGGUAGGAUCAUGGAGAUCAUUCAAUGGGCCACUGCCACUGCCCCGACCACACCCGGAACCAAAGGAGACACGACGAUAUCGACACAAACCAGUGUACCGCAGGAGUCGGCCUAG